UGGUUUCCUAGGCAAUCAACUGAGGCCUACUCCAGGCGCCAGGCCAUCCAAUAGAGCUGAUGAUAACAAAUAAAGCAGAAGCAAUGGCCGGGCGCCGGGGCAGGACGGGGCCGCUCCAGAGCGUGCUGCGCCGGAGCCGAGAGCUACGGGAGCAGGUGAGUGCUUUGCUUCAAGAAAGCAAAGAACCAGGGACCCAAGACUCUGAAAAAAGGAAAAGCCUUCACCAGAGAUGUUUGGAGUUGAAGAAAUCUGUAGAUGAAAAUGCCUUUGCUCUUCAGAACCUGAAGAAGUCAGAUGAACCUGCACCUGUGGGAAAUUAUUAUCAGAGAAAAGAAGAAGAAGAACAAGAGUUGCUAAAACUUUCUCAGCAGCUAGAGAAACUUACUGCAAUCCUUAGCUGUGAAAAUGUGAUUAAGGGCUCCAAUGUGAGAGACAGCCCAAAGACUAAGCUGGUAAAUGAGCAGAUUGAAGACGAUGAUGAUAAUGGUAGUGAUGAUGAAGAAGAAGAUGAAAGUACACAAGAUGAAGAAGAGGAUGAGGAAGGUGAGAAUGAGGAGGAAGAUGAUGACCAUGAUGACAGUGAUGAAGACAAACUUGGAGAUGAUUCAGCUGUUCAUUUUAUCACUCUUGGUGAUUUUGCAGCACAGCAAGAAGGGGACCUUAUGUUUAAAAAAGGUGAAGUUCUUCUCAUACUUGAGAAAAAAUCUGAUGGUUGGUGGUUGGGUCAGAAUUCCAAAGGAGAGAGAGGACUUGUGCCUAAAACCUAUCUCAUGGUAAGUGACAAAGAAGGCAAAAUUCAAGAACAAAAUGAGGAGGAAACAGAAGAAGACAUAGAAGUAACAGAUGAGACAGCAGGAGGAGCCACAAUUAUGAAAAGGACAGAUUCACAUUGGAGUGCUGUUAAAAAGGCUAUCACAGAGAAUAAUACCUUAGAUGCACUGACAACUAUGGGAGCUGUUCCUGCAGGAUUUCGACCUUCAACGCUUGCACAACUCUUGGAAGAAGGGAUUCACUUUCGAGCUUCUUACUUCCUACAACCUGUACUCACAUCUUCCAAUCUUUCUUUUCGCGAUCUAGUGUGGAACCCUGAAAAAGCCACUAUUCAGUCAAGGCCAACUCGGAUAUCACUAAUUGUGACUCUGUGGAACUGUAAAGCGAUUCCUUUUCCUGGGCUGAGCAUACAGGUCCUCAGCAGACAUGUUCGACUCUGCCUUUUUGAUGGUAACAGAAUCCUGAGUAACAUUCAUACAGUUAGAGCUACAUGGCAACCUAAAAAUCCAAAAACAUGGACCUUUUCUCCAAGGGUCACUGGUAUCUUACCAUGCUUGCUUGAUGGUGAUUGUUUUAUUAGAUCUAAUUCACUAUCUCCAGACAUUGGCAUACUAUUCGAACUUGGGAUCACUUAUAUUCGUAAUUCAACAGGUGAGAAAGGAGAAUUAAGCUGUGGUUGGGCGUUUCUAAAACUUUUUGACUCAAGUGGACUUCCUGUUUCCUCCAAAACGUAUGAACUCCUUCUGAAUGGUGGGACUCCAUAUGAAAAAGGGGUCGAGGUAGAUCCAGCCGUUUCAAGAAGAGCCAGCGGUAGUGUUUUCCAACAUAUGAUAGCACUGAGGAAGCAGCCACAACUUCUAGUGAAGCUGAGAUCCUUAAGUACUCAAUCUAAAGACAUACUGAAUCUGCUACCAGAAGUAUUAAUUGGCAGCAUGUGCUAUAUACACCUCAUACUGUUUUAUCGUCAGAUUCUUGGUGAUGCGCUCCUCAAGGAAAGAGCAAACAUGCAAAAUGCAGAUUUGAUUGGCAAUCCAAUUUUGGCAACAUUUCCCAAACUUAUGGAGCAGCCUGACCUUAUGGAUGCACUUAGGAGUGCCUGGGCUGAGAAAGAGAGCACACUAAAGAGAUCGGAAAAGAGAGACCGGGAAUUUCUGAAGUCUAUGUUCAUCUUGGUGUACCACGAUUCUGUCUUCCCUCUUUUCCAGUCUGUGUUCCUUCCAGAAUAUAAAUGGGCAGAAGAAGAGUCAGAAGGCACACGCUGGCGAAUGAUUGCUGACUUCUUGAAGAAAACCCGAGAAAGAGAUGGUGCUCUCUCCUCUCUGCUAUCAUCAGAAAGUCUCCACAAAGCUUUUGAUAUCACAGAAAUAACAUAUGAUUUUGUAGGAGUGGCAAGGAAGAGUAAUCCUCUGGUGUAAAUGUAUUUUAAGGUCAAGGAUCUCUGCCAAUUGCCGUGUCAAAAUGAAUCCGUAGAUAUAAUUGAUAAUGUGGCCAAAAAUAUAAUAUUUAUAGUUUAACUUUACUAUUUGUAUAGCCAUUUUAUAAAUAGAUAUUGCAAUUAUAAAAUUAAGAUAUCAUGUUGGGUAUGCUAUUUAUUG